AUGGCAGCGUCUUAUGCAAACACUGAUUAUCAACAAAAUGAAUACAAUGCAGCUAAUUUGAAUAUCGAUGAUCAUCAUGCAUUGAUUCAACAGAUUGAUACAGAACUUAAAGAUCUUAAUAAUCAACAACAACUCGAUAAAGAGAAAGAACAAAAAUUAAAGAGAGAGAUUAAUGAAUUGAAACAACAAGCUCAAAAAUGCGAAAAUGAAAUAAAAAAAUUUGAGGAAGAAGUAAAGCGUAUGACCGCUGAAAUAGAACGAUUGGAACAAGAAUUAAAUGCAAUAAAAGAUGAACAGCAACGUUUACAAAAUGAAAUUCAACUGAAAGAACAAGAUCGAGAUCGUUUAGAACAAAAAUUUCGAAUAGAAGAACAACGUCUCGAGCAAUUAAAAGAUCAACUUCAAAAAUUAGACGAUGAAAAACAACGACUUGAAGAACAACGUGUACAUCUGGAAGAAUUACGUCAACAAAUUGAACGACAAAUAGAAGAAAUCAAUCGUCAAAUACAACAAAUAGAACAUCAAAUGCAAGAACUUCAAGCUCGUAUUGAACGUUUGCAAGAAGAAAUCCGACCACUACAGCUAGAAAUUCAACGUAUCGAAAGACAACUCCAAGAUUUAGCAAUUCAAUUGGCAAGAAUAGAGCAAAAACUCGAAGAAACCGAACGAAAAAUUCAAGAAUGUCAACAAAAGAUGGAUGAAAUUAAUGAAAAAAUCAAUAAAAUCGAAGAUAUGAUUAAACGAAUCGAGCAAGUUAUAGAGAUGAAACGUAAUAGAAAACAAGAAUUUGUGACAUACAGACGCGAAUUACAAAGGAAUCUAAUGGAAGCUAAAUCCAAGGCUGCACAAAUCCAAAAGGAAGUCGCAUUACUACAACAGCAAAUUAUCCAAGGAAGAGAACAAAUCAAUCAACUCAAACGCAAUUUAGAAACUUUAAAACAAACUAUUCAAAUACUUGAAAAUCAAAUGAGAUCAUUGGAAAAAGAAUUCAAACUUUUAGAAAGCAAGAUUAAAGAAAAAGAAGGCGAACUCAAAUCAUUGAAAGAUGACUUGAAAAAGGUCGAUGAACAACUUCAAGGAAAAAACAAUGAUCUCGCAAAAGUCGAAAAUGAAAAAAAACAAACCGAAAACCGAAUAAACACUCUAGAUAGAGAAAUUAAAGACUUGAAUGAACAACUAAACAAAUUGACAAAGGAGCGAAGCGAUUGUGAAAAGCAAUUAGAAAAAGAAAAGAAUACAUUGAAGGAAUAUGAAAAAGAACUGAAAACCGAAGAAGCGAAACAACGUCAAGCUGAACAAGAAGUUAGAAAUCAAGAACAAGUGGUACGAACAGCUGAAGCAAAGCUCAGACAAUGUGAAUUAGAAGAAAAGGCUGCUAAAGCCGCGGAGGCACAAGCUAAAAUCGACGUACAAAUGGCACAGGCCGCAUUAGCUGAAGCUGAAGCGGAACUACUAAUUGCUGAGGCAGAAUUAGCUACAGCCAUGGCUGCAAGUGUUGUUGUACCAGCAGCUGUAGCUGCAGCGAAGGCUCAUUUGACCGCAUGCAAAACAAGAGUAGCUGUAAACAAAACAACUUUAACCACGUGUAAAACAGCACUAAAAGCAUGUACUGAAAAACGUAGAAUUGCAGAAAAUAACCGAACCCAAGCAAAUAAUGAACUGACAAAUGCACGACAAACAUUGAAGACUAAAAAUGAUCAACUCAAACAACAAAAAGAUAAAGUUGAGCAAACGAAGGACAAAAUUGAACAACAAAAGAAAACUAUACAAGCCACUGAAAAAAAACUCGAUGAUAAAAGAAAAGAAUGUAAAAAGGUUGAAACAGGAUUGAAAGCAAAAGAAAAAACAUUGGCAAACGAAAAACGAAAUCUUGAAAAACAAAAUCGUCAAAUUGAUAAAUUAAAAACGGAGGUAAAAAAACUGGAAGAUAAAAAAACUACAUUGACUAAUAAACAUAAUCAAGCAGAAAAUGAAUUGAAAGAUUUUCGUCAAAAAAAAGCAGAAAAUGAACAAAAAAAAACACAAAAAAAAAAUGAACUAACUAAAAAUCAAAAUGAAGAAAAAACGAAAAAGGAUGAAUUAAAAACAAAAGAAACAAAUCUGCAAAAACAAGAAAAAGAUUUACGUGAGAAAAAUCAACAAUUGAUGAAAGCACAAAAUGAAGUUCAAAAUAUAGAAGAGAAUAUUAAGAUGUGUGAUAAAUCAAUUCAAGAAUUAGAAGCUGAUAAACGUGAAGAAGAAGAAAAAAUGCGAACAGCACAACAAGAAAAAACGAAUUCUGAAAGGGAACUAUCAAAAUUAGAGAAACAAUUCGAAAAUUUUGAACAUGAACAACAACAAUGUGAAUCGGAAUUGAAACGUUUAAACGAUGAAUUACGAACUAAACGUCAAAUUUUAGAUGAUAAAGAAGUUCAAAUGUCAAAUUAUGAAUCACAGUUGAGACGUCGAGAAAACGAGUUAUCAUCGAAAAAACAGGAACGCUUAGAAGAACAACAACAACUUGAUGAUGUUAAAACACAAUUAACUCAAAAUCGACAACAAAUAAACAGUAUUGAAAGGAAAAUGGUCAGUGUUAACCGAGAAAUACAGCAACAAGAACAAGUUAAAUCAGAUGCUGAACGACGAUUACAUGAAUCAGAAUAUGAAAUCCGAAAUAAACAAACUGAACUUGAUCGUUGUCAAAAGAAUAUCAAUGAUAAACAACGAACAUAUGAUGGUAUUAAAAAUAAACAUGAGCAAAAAGUACAACAUAUUCAACAACAAACAGAUCUAAAAACUAGUAUCGAUGAAAAAAUCGACAAUGCAAAUAGAGAAUUUGUAAAUGUGCGUCGAAAUAUUGGUGAACGAGCUUUGGAUCUCAAUAAUAAAGGUCGACAAAUGAAAACAGCUCAAGAAGCAUUAUCAAAUUAUUCAAUGAAUACAAUCAAUUCGCAUCAACAACAUGUUAAUGAAAAUUUCGAGCACGACUAUUCGCCUGUACAUAUUAGUCAACAACAGUACAAUACAACGACACGUUAA